GUCUCACAUAGAACGAACUGUUGUGGCCUCAACACUCGGUUAGAGCGAACGCGAAGCUGUCGGGCACCUAGUAGUUGACCGAGCCAGCGGUCAACUACAGGGGCCCAAAUCCAGUGACCGAGCCGCUGGAUAUGGGCAUCAUUCACGAGUUCAAGGUGUGAUACUGGCGGCGCGUCAUCCAACGCUUGUUGAUCGCGAUUGAUGCUGCCAUGCCAGUUCGCAUCAGCUUGCUUGCCGCCGUGGACAUGUUGAAAGCGGCAUGGAUGGAACUCACCGCGGAGUGCAUAGAAAAUUGCCUCCGCAAGGCGGGUUUUAUGGGCCCAGGCACCGAGGACGCCAUAGAUCACUCACUGGAAGGCCGGUCAGACGAGGACUUGUGGCAACGCGUCGCUGACACGCAGCUGGCCGGACCUGAUGUUGCCUGGAACGAUUUCGUUUCUGCUGAUGACGACGCCGACAUUGCGGAGCCAUGCACUGACGAAGCUAUUGUGCGUGAAGUGCGAGCCCUUCCUGACUGCCCAGAGACCGACGAGGACGAUGACGAGGAUGCUGCUCUACCGCCGGUUGCAGCGAACGCUUCAACCGCGAUCAGUUACAUCGUGUCGCUUAAGGAACUCGUGUGCAGCAGAGGCCUUGGCGAUGAACAUAUUACCGCGCUGGAAAAAUUAGAAACGGCAGUGAUGCGAUCAGCUUUGAAGAAGCAGACAUGCAUCACGGACGUCUUUUUCAAAAAUAAAGUGAACUUUCGUCUUGCUUGCUCUUUUUUCCCGUAUUAUAGGUGGUCCACUUAGUACGAACUUUGGAUACAACGAACAAAUGCCAUGUGACGAUCAAGUUAGUUAUAUGUGGGCUGGACUGUACUAGUGAAUUGAUGAGUAGAACUUUACCAACUUUUUCGCAGCGCAGUCGCCAGAGCUGAAGGUCCUGGCCGGCAUCUGUGCAUUUCUAUGGGCCCAAACUUUUAUUUCAAUCCUAAAAUUGGCCUUCGCCAGAUAAUUUGAAAUUAACCAGUCAGCACGCACCCAACCCCUAUGGCGACUGAUAGGGACCCCUUUAGUGGCAGUGUGUCUCAGUGAAGCUUGGGGGACAGCAAAUGCGCUGAACACAUUAUCUAGGAUGAUUUUUAAGCAGUAAUCGUGGCUCACAAUGUUCGAUUGCGGUAUUUACACAAUUUUAACAUGCACAUUUUUUAAAAGAAAAUUGGGCCAAAAAUUGCCUGUGCAAUGCAAUCAGACAUGAAACCAAAGCUGCCUUCACAAUGCUGGCAUGCUUCAUCGCACAACACGUGUAUUCAGGCGAAGUUUUUAGGAAACCAACAACUAUUGUGGAAAAUUUUUUCUUGAAGCACAGCAAGGUACAUCGGCCAAGAUAGCUGAAAAUUUUAUGACAUUUCAGUUCCUUGUACGGGAGCCGUGUUGACAAUAAAACCCAUAUCUGGGUUACUACUUAUCUGGCCAUAUGCCUGUCGCAGAUUGAUGAAAUCCAAAGUUUGAUGGCAGCCCGUCUGGCCGGGAAAAUAAAUAUUGAAGUGCGAAAAGAUACACUGACCAAUAUAACUGAAAAUUUUGACAUUUUGGCUUACUAUAUGGGAGCCCAAACGGUAGCCUUGGCUUUAUCCAUACAGGGAGCCGAAACGUCAUUAAAUUUUCAUAUGGGUCUCAUUGUGAACAAGGCUGUAUGGGGAGCCAAAGUGUUAUUAAAUUUUCAGUUAUCUUGGUUGGCGUAUCUUUUCGUGCUUCUUCAAUAUAUAUUUUCCCAGCCAGACAGUCUGCUGUCAAAGUUUGGAUUUCAUCAUUCUGUGACAGGCUUACGGCCUGCAAGUAGUAACCCAGAUAAUAUGGGUCCUAUUGUGAACAAGGCUCCCGUACAGGGAACCAAAACGUCAUUAAAAUUUCAGUUAUCUUAGUGUGUCUUUUUGUGCUUCAAUAUGUAUUUUCCUGGCCAGACUGGCUGCCAUCAAACUUUGAAUUUCAACAAUUUUUCUUGAUAAGAUAUAGCAUGUGCAUUAGAUUUUUAACAUUCUUUAGGAACUGAAUGUAAUUUCUACAUUAGUUUACAACUUUGUACACAUAGAAAGUGUGCAUGAGUUUGAAAUAAUGCCAAACGAAUCAGCGGUGUGUAAUAAUGUUUCUACAUUUUGGUUCGACCCGCCGGAUAAUUCAGUUUCGUCUGUCCCGUCCAGGUUCAUAUUACAGAAGU